AUGGCUCUGCGAGUGCGGCGCUGGAGCGACAUCGAGCCGCGUCGACGGCCUCGGCAUCAAGCUGUGUACGCGACUUGCACGCCUCGUCUCGCACCUGCUGCAUCUGCCGCUUCUGACGCUCAACCGCGAGCCGCUAGCAGCCAAAACGUGCCCCUGGCGGUGCUCGAAGACGCCCCCGAGUGCGUCAUUUGUCUGGACGAGCUCGUGCUGGGCCGCGCCCUGUUCACGGCCGAGUGCGGCCACCGCUUCCACUUCAGCUGCUUGCUGGAGAACGUCAACCACGACGAGGCCAAUUCGGACAAGUGUCCCAUCUGUCGGAAGCCACAGACUCAGUGGCCGGAACAGACAGAAGGGCUUGUGAAAGCGCAUCCGUACUGUACAAAUUGUGGCAAACGAGGAUCAGGCGGUCAAUUCUGUGACGGGUGUGGUCAAUCGUUGGCGCACACGCCCACAGCUCAAGAACGAGCUCGAGCAGCUGCUGCUGCUGCAGCUGCAAGGAGCAAUGUGGUGGUCGAGUGCCCGACUUGUCGCAUUCGCUGCCUCGUGAACACCACGGCACGCGGCACUUUGCAGUGUCCGAAUGGCCAUCUCUUCCAGUUGCGACUGCCACCGACCAUGGGCAAUUCACACGGUGCAAGGCAGAGUUUUACUGGAGGAGCAGCGUCCUUGACUUCUGGACCGAGGCCGAUUAUGCGUCAAUGCCCCACAUGCUACACGCGCGUCCAGAUGCCCCCAGGCAGCCAAGCUGGCCAGUACAUGUGUCCUCAUGGACACACGUUUUACUUUUCUCCGUUUCAAUAG